AUGUCGUGGAUCAUGAACAGUAUAGAGUCUCGUAUCGCUCCAACGAUUGCAUACUACACCAAAGCUAGAGAUAUGUGGUCUUUCUUGAAGAAGACAUAUUCACAUGCUACUAAUGUUAUUAAGAUCUUGCAGUUGGAAGAAGAACUUUGUAACAUACGGCAAGGUGAUCAAGACCUAUCACAAUAUUUUGCUAUGUUGACUGCUGCAUGUGAGAGGUUAAAAGCUCUUCGUCCACCGUGCAAGCACUGCUAUGCAUCUCAUUUUGAAACUGGUAUGGUGGCAAAGUUUUUAUCUUGGUUAUCUUCAGAGUACUCUGUGGCAAAGUCUCAAAUCCUCACAGGUAGUGAUCUUCCAGACUUAGCAGACACAUAUAACAAGCUGAGUCGCCUCGCUGUCACUCUUUCUCAGCCUACACAUGACAUACCAGUCUCCGCACUUGUGAUAUCAGGAGGAAGGGGUCAUAGUUCUUUUGCUAGCACGAGAGGAGUGGCAUGGUGGAGGGAGAACAUUAUAGGAAAGAGGCCUUCUUCGUCUAAUGCACCUUCCUCACAAGCUACAGCUUCUAUGGUUGAGUUCCCUACCUCUGCUCCAUCAUACUCUCUCAACUUAAGUAAGGAGGAAUAUGAUCUAGUUCUUGCUCAGAGGUCCUCCCUUGCACUCUACUCAGCUUUCACUAUUGGUGCCCCGACCACUGACCCAGGUAUGAACUUACAAACUGGGAAGACAAUUGGUGGCGGCUAUGAACGGGAGGGACUCUACUUUCUCUCUACCCCAGUCAAUGUCGCUGCAUCAUCAUUCACAUCGAAGCCAACUCCUUUGCAGUGGCAUCUCAGACUGGGCCAUCCCUCUGUGUCCAAACUUUGUCGCAUGUUUCCAGAUAUUCCUGCAUCAGAAUCUUUCCUAUGUGAAGCAUGCCAGUUAGGCAAACAUACACGUAGUAGGUUUCCCUCGAGUCAGAGUCCAUCUAGUAAGAGUCCUUUUGAUUUACUUCAUGUUGAUGUUUGGGGUCCCAGUCGGGUUUCUUUUCGUUCACGUUUCUGGUAUUACAUUGUUUUUGUUGAUGAUUUUACCAGAGCCAGUUGGUUUGAUCAAGUUAUGUCUAGUCACACUAUCCCAUCAUCUCACCACCAAGCCUUGUUAGAUUCUCGAUGGAAGCAAGCUAUGCAGGAGGAAAUGGAUGAUCUUCUCUCUCGGGAGACUUGGGACUUGGUGGAUCCCCCACUAGAUUAUGAUGUUGUCGGCUCCAAAUGGGCAUUCACUAUCAAAUAUCAUUCUGAUGGUUCCAUUGAGCAAUUCAAAGCACGCCUUGUUGCAAAAGGUUAUACACAGACUUAUGGGGUUGACUUUUUUGAGACGUUUUUCACCAGUGGCAAGGUUAGGUACUAUUCACCUAAUUAUCUCUCUCGCAGUUCAGCAGGAUUGGCCUCUUUUCCAGCUUGA